AUGAAUAAGUCACGACGUGUGAUGAGACAACAAAGGAAUCCAUUUAAUCACUCUAGUAAUAAAGAUGGUGUUAUUCAUGGAAAAUUCAAAGAUCUUCCAAUGUUUAAAAUUUGUUUUUCAUGCACUCCGUAUCUACUUUCCGGUGGAGAACUGCUAUUUUUCAAUGGUGAUUAUGAUUCUUGGACUGUAAGAAUAGGGAAUAUGAAGCUUGAAGAGGGUACAAAAAUUGAAACUAUGAUGGAAGAAGACUAUGAAUAUAUACAAUCCGAACCAGAUACCAAAAAACCAUUCCAGGUUGCACGUGUUGGAAAAUGGAAUCUAACAGGUGACGGAGGAUAUGACAU